CAUCUAUUUUUCAAUGACACCUCCGUAAACAAUGAGUCUAUAUGUAUGAAAAAAUAUAUAAAAAAUCUAAGAGCCAAUUAAAACGAUUAAGGUUAGGUUUUCAGCGUAUGUUUGACCAUGUAGUGAUGAUGCCGCUCUCUGUGUAAUUUGUUGGGGGAGCAGGGCAGUGAGCACAUGAUGGGGGGUGUAUUUCCUACACAGGUUCCUGGGCUGCUGUGCGGCUUUUAUUCAAAAAUCACCAUUCCGGAGAGCAAUCUGAUCUGAUCAGCACACGGGCAUUUUAUAAGGAGGGCCCCUCCGGCAGGACCGAUGUUGUGAUGCAUGAGGGCCUAUACGGCUGCCGACAACGGGGGCUGGGGACAAUGCUGGAUGUGCUCCUGUGUGGUACAACAUCAGCCCUAUAAGCUGGAUGUCAGCAUGGUGCAGUCUCGAUGCUUCAAAUCAAGGUCGAUGUGAAUCGCAGCAGCAGGAUGAUAUCGCGCCCAGAUGGUGAAAGCAGCAGCAGCGUGUGUGUGUGGAGAGAGAGUCAGCUCCAUCACUGACACGGGUUGAGGGUAGUGGGCUUGCAUGGCCAGUUAUGGCUCAUGGAAGAAGGCCAGGACCUAUUUCCAAAAUAUUGGCUCCCAGCCCUCCACCGUCCACCGGUCCAGGACUCACUGCACAGAGCCAAGAAGAGCAGCCAGGUUUGGUGAGGGAGGCAUCCGAGCAACCACCGUGUACCUUAAAGGAUGAUGACAGCGACCAGCUGAUUCCUCCUGUCCCGGCAAACCACUAUUACAUGAGUUGUGACCCUGGUCCUGAGGACAUGGAGGACACCUGCUCUGAGUACGACAACGUGGGCUCUGAUGUGGAGCAGGACUAUGAUGAGGUGUUGCAUUUGAACAGAGAGGGCGCAGUGGACACGAGGUACUACAAACAGUACUGUCCCGAGGACAGCGGCUAUAUAAAGCAUGCAGUAGGUGAUAGUGUUAACGAGGACAGCAGUGCUGUUGACCAGAUCACUCCCAGACCUCGCCACAGCGCAGAAAUAUGUGAGGGAUCACAGUCAGACACUAAGCCUCACAAGACGAGCCAGCGCUUUAGGUCUCAUUGUGCUCCAACUGCUAGCGAUGAGGCAGAGCGGGAGGUGGAGAAGGGCCAAGAGAACAGGUUCUUCUUCAGUGACGGAGAUGAGAUAGAGGAGGUGCUGGACGGGGCCAAAUUUAUAGAGGAUUUAGAGGAGACAGAGAACAGUAUCCAAAGGCAGACUGGCAUUUAUCAGGACAACGAGAAUGAACAAAUUAGAAAGGGAGGUGAUGAAAGGCAAAGAGAAGAUGACACUCGAGUCACAAGGAACCAUAGUACCCCAGGGGGCAGUAAGAAGUGUGAGCCAUCUCACGUGGGCUUGAAGGAGAAAGAGAGGCAGGUUAAGGGACGAGGCAGGAGGGGAACGGGAGAGGACGUGGAGCGUGUCGUUUCCGGGGUCAAAGCGUGCUCGACCAGCAGCGCCGAACAGCGUCCCAAGGUGUCGUCGAAGGACUGCAAAAAAGUGGCUGUGCGGACCAAAGCCAGGUCCGGCUCCAGUAAGCAACAUCCUCCUCCACCACCUCGUCUUUCCCAUGCUCAGUCACCUGCCAACACCCAGAAAGCGCAGCCACGUAGAGACGCCCCUUCUGUUCCCUCCUCUGCUACCAGCCAGGACAGCAAAGUCAGUGUUAACAAACCAUCCCUGGCUCCUCAUCACACACCGGAACAACAGAGGGAGCCUCUUGAGGAGAAGCAGCGGCGGCCAGAGAAACCCCAGCAGGGUGAGAAGUCGGGUGCAGCUGUGAUACCAGAAGACGUGCCAGAGCAGCCAGGGAGGCUUCAGUGUCCCGAGCUCGUCCUUCCAGAGGAGAGUGACACGCCCAAGAAGACACAGGAAGCUGCAGCCUUCCCCAGCUUUGAGGAUGUCCCAGGUCCCUGUGAACCAGAGGAUCUUAUUGAUGGGAUCAUCUUCGCUGCUAACUACCUUGGCUGCACUCAGGUGUUGUCUGAUAAAAAUCCAUCCAAGACUGUCCGCAUGUCCCAGGCCCAUGAAGCUGUCAGUCGUAUCAAGAGCCAAGAUGAAGACUCCCAAAUGAUGACAGAAGUAGAUCUUUUUAUCUCCACUAAAGCUGUCAAAGUGCUGAACGCUGACACACAGGAGACGAUGAUGGACAGUGCCUUGCGUACCAUCUCCUAUAUCGCCGACAUUGGCAGCAUUGUGGUUCUGAUGGCUCGUAGACGCAUGUCGACAGCCUCAUCAGAGGAUUUCUCAGAAUCUUCUGACUCCGCAAGCGAAGGGAAGAGUCAGUACAGGAUGAUCUGCUAUGUUUUUGAGUCGGAGGAUGCGCAGCUCAUCGCACAAUCCAUCGGUCAGGCCUUUAGCGUGGCCUACAGAGAAUUCCUGAGAGCGAAUGGCAUCAAUCCAACCGACCUGAGCCAGAAACAAUACAGUGACAUCAUCAACUCCCAGGAAAUGUACCACGAUGACCUGGUCCAUUUCUCAAACUCAGACAACUGUAAAGAGCUGUAUGUGGAGAAGCAGAAAGGAGAGAGCCUCGGUGUGGUGAUCGUGGAGUCUGGUUGGGGCUCCAUUCUGCCUACAGUCAUCCUGGCCAGCAUGCUGAACAGUGGGCCUGCAGCCCGCUCUGGCAAACUCAGUGUGGGGGACCAGAUCAUGUCCAUCAAUGACACCAGCCUGGUAGGGCUGCCACUUGCCACUUGUCAGGGCAUCAUCAAGGGUCUGAAGAAUCAGGUGAAGGUAAAGCUGAGUAUUGUGAGCUGCCCUCCAGUCACCACAGUCCUCAUCAAGAGACCUGAUCUCAAGUUCCAGCUUGGUUUCAGUGUGCAGAAUGGCAUUAUCUGCAGUCUGAUGCGAGGUGGCAUAGCUGAGCGAGGCGGUGUACGUGUCGGACACAGAAUUAUUGAAAUAAAUGGUCAGAGUGUUGUUGCCAUGGCACACGAGAAGAUUGUUCAAACCCUGUCUGUCUCAGUGGGUGAGAUCAACAUGAAGACGAUGCCUGCUGUGAUGUUCAGACUGCUGACAGGACAGGAGACACCUAUCUACAUCUAGAGAGCCUGCAUGGAUCGGCCCACUGUAGUUCUGCAUGUCUGGCUGGGUGGAGGUGACGGACAGACGACGGACAGAUGACGGACAGUUGGCUCAGUGGGAGACGAGGAGAAUUUAUUUUUCUAUCAUUUUAUUUUUUCUGCCUCUUGUUGCAAUGCUGUAAAGAACAUCCAGUUCUCAUUUUCAGGUUUUAUCUUGAAUUACAUUGUCAUAAUGGCCUUACAAUGUGAAUACUCUGUCUGUAGUACUGUACGUGAGUUUCCGGUGUUGAAGAGAAGUAGCUUUAAGGUCAUGAUUAUUUUCUUAUGAAGAGAUAAAUUAGUACAUUUAUUUUUUAUUUAGUCAUUUUUAUAAUGUGUAUGGAGUUUAAAAAAAUGUACUUCUACUGUAAAUACUUUGGAUUACUCAAGGACUUGGUUGGAAAGGCCAUAUUACUCCUACAGUAUAUGCAUGUUAUGAAGAAUUACAGACCAGGGAUUAAUUCUCAAUCUGACAUGAUAAUCUAUACCAGUAAUUAUUAAAAGAAGAUAACAAUAUGCUGUACAAAGGCACUAAACUAUGUGUAUUAUGGUGAUGCUGAAGGCCAAAGACACAUCUACUUUUCAAAGACAUACAGUAUGGGUCACCAUUACCUUUACCAGAGCGAACAGAACAAGAAUGUAUCAAAAUACACAUUACUGAAUGAAUGUAAUGUUAAAACACGUCAAGAAUACAAUCUCACGGCUGAAUGCUUGUUGUUUGUUUCAUUUUAUUGAGGUGUUACUACAGAAAGUACAAACAGACAUGACGUUCAUUUGCCUGGAUUAGAGAUAAAUCAAUUAUCCAAGCAGUCUGGUUUUCAUACUUCCUUGUUUGUGUUUUUCACAUUUAUUUGCCUCUCAGAAGCUCACUGACGCCGCUCAGAAUCUGUGCAUAAAUUACACCAAGGGCUGUUGUCAUGGUGACGCUGUGCCGGCAUUGCAUUAAACGUCAACGUAAUCAGACAUCA